CUCUCUCUCACACUCUUUCACUCUCUCUCCUCACAAAUGGAGAAUCUCUUUCCCCUUCAUUCCCUCUUCUGUGCAACCCCAUGUCCUCUUCCUCUUCCAUUCCCUCUCCACCCACAACAACCACAUACUUCACCAACCUCGGCCUCGGCUACUCCAUCGCCAUAGCCCUCGCAUUCCUCUUCCUCCUCUCCACCCUCCUCCUCUCCUCCUACCUCUGCUGCCGCGCCCACCGCAACCGCCACCGCACCACCGCCGCCACCACCGACGGUCUCGUCCUUCCACGUGUCAUCUUCGUCGCCGAAGACGACGAUGCCGAGCCUAACGUCGCUGUGGGUCUUGACCAGAGCGUCAUAAACUCCUAUCCCAGGUUUCAGUUCAGCAGAGACAGGGACACCACACGGAAUAAUACCACGUGUUCCAUUUGUCUCUGUGAGUACAAGGACUCGGAGAUGCUGAGGAUGAUGCCCGAGUGUCGUCAUUACUUUCACCUUUGUUGCCUUGAUUCGUGGCUCAAACUUAAUGGGUCUUGCCCCGUUUGUCGGAACUCGCCCCUCCCAACGCCGUUAUCUACGCCGUUGCAAGAGGUGGUUCCGCUUUCUCACUAUGCUGCUGAUAGAAGACCAAGUACGUGACUUCUUCUUUCUUUUCUGUGAUGGGGUUUUUUUCUCUUUUGCUUUUAGGAGAUUCAAAGUUUCUAUCUUUUUUGCUUUUGGGGAUGGUGAAGAGGAGAAGAUGGAGUUUUUUUUUUUUUGAGUGUUAGUUGUUUGAUUAUGUAAUAGGGUUUUUUUUUUUUUUUUUUUACAUAGCAUUAAUUCAAAUAUGUGUUUGGAAAUACGAUGAAAAAUCAGAAACUAUAAUUAAUAGCGAUGGAGGAAAAGUAGAUACAUGUCCAUUCGAACAUUCUACGAGUAAAUCUUUGCUUCUCACUUUAUAAGAUUGUGUUUGACAACCCUUAUCCGAUCAUGAUUCAUGUCAUUUUUGUUAAUUGGAAUGAGUUAACAUAUUGUUAGUGCUCCUUUUGUCCCUGGCAAUUGUGACAGAAGGUUAUCUAAAUCUUAUAGUUGCAGUUUGCGUUUGUUUUGGACUUCAAUAAAGUUGAUUUUGAUCUCUUGAAUGUAAAUAAGACUUGGGCUCUAGUUAAUUUGUGUCACAAAUUUUAAUUUUAUGUUAGAACAAUAAAACAAACGAUCCGUAGUAUAUUUUGGUUGAUUUGACAUUGCAUGACCCUUUUUUCUCUCCUGUUUUUGCCCUUUUGACCUUUCUUUUUUCACUCGGUGAUGCUAUUUUUCUUCCACUUCAUUCUUUAUUUUAUUAGCUUUGCACUUUGCCUCCACUUCAUUCAGAACAAGAAGAUAUUGGUGCUUUUUG